CGGCAAUCCAUAAGGCGAUGCGAAGCGAAGUUAUUCUGUAUUUCCAAACCCUUUCCAGCUGAUCAAAUUCUCAGAUUUUGAUCUCUCAUUGCCUUCUUUUUCUCCUCUUUAAACUGGUUGUAUGGAUUUUUUAAAGAUUGAAUUUCAUCUAGAAUUCGAGGAUUGAAUCCUGUUCUGGAAAUUCCAAAAUCUGAAUAAAAUGAGCUGUGGAACGAGGUUUUGAACCAAUUAUUUUGUGUUAUGCAUAACCUUCUUGGCCUUCCCGUUUUCUUAAUAUAAAAUCAAAACUAAUGAUAAAUGAGAGGUUGGCGAAAGAUAUUCUUGGCAAUGCAGUGGGUGAAAUGCUAAAGAUCGUUUUCAGUUAUGCUACUUGAGGCAUUGCUAUGGAAAUAAGCACACGCUGGAAUGCUACCACUGCUAGCUUACCAAGUGGUGACCCAAUACAACAGGCUCCAGGGAAAGCCCAUCACAGUGGGGCUCCUCGCCACUAAUACUCUUAUUCAUCUAAGGCCCGGUUUUCUUCGUUCUGUCAUCCCGUCCAUAGAUGAUGUCUGGUUUAAUGCGUAUCUCAUCCUCAAGUACAAAGACCUCAAGCGUUUUUUUCUAUCACCAUUCUACCAUGUGGGUGACUCACACCUUGCCUACAACAUGAUAUCUCUACUAUGGAAAGGCAUUCAAUUGGAAUCAUCAAUGGGCAGUACGAAAUUUGCCUCGAUGGUUGGCGCGUUACUCGUAAUGUCACAGGGAAUUACCUUGUUGCUUGUCAAAUCUCUACUAUUCUUCAAUUAUGAGAGGCCAUACUACCAUGAAUAUUCGGUCGGGUUUUCGGGUGUACUUUUUGCUAUGAAAGUUGUUCUUGGUUCUCAAUCUGAAAGCUACACUUACGUUCAUGGUGUAAGAGUACCAUCAAGUCAUGCUGCAUGGUUAGAACUAAUACUUAUCCAAAUAGUUUCACCUGGUGUCUCAUUCCUUGGUCAUCUAGGUGGAAUACUUGCUGGUAUUCUCUUUUUACGUUUGAAGGGUAUGAAUUCGGGGUCAGAUCCAUUGGCCGUUCUUAUUAGAAGUGUUGGUCGAAUAUUGAGUCGUCCUCUUGGAUUUUUCUGUCGCUUGAAUCCAUUUCGGCAUCAUAGGAUUUUCGGAGGAGGAACCGUUGGUAGACGACAAACGAGUGUCGAUACAUGGAGGUGUCAAGCAUGUACAUUUGACAAUUCUUGCUUAUUACCCAGGUGUGAAAUGUGUGGGACGGAUCGGCAGGAUAGGGCGAUGCCUUCUCGUCGAUUAUCACAUCGUUUUGAUUUAACUCCAGAGGAGCUGCGUCGGAGGAGGCUUGAAAGAUUUGGAUGCUGAUACAAUAUCACCAGGUAUUUGCUCUUAUUUGAAGGCAUAGCAACGCAACUAUAUAUCUUGGCAAUGAAGAUGUUUGCAUAUGUUGAGUAACGUAGCAAUUUGAUUGAAUACAUAUGGAAUAGUCUUGUACAUAUGGAACGAAUUAAUAUACUUUACAUUGUUUUUUUCUUUUUUACUUUCUUUAUAAUAGUUGGAUAUGGAUUUAAAAAUAUUUGUACAA